AGGCUCCGUAAUUUUUUCACAUCACAUCCUUGAGAUCUGCAAUCUAGAAUCUAGACUCUACUGUGUUCGACUGUUCCCACGGAAGUAUAGGCUAACAUGGCCGACAUCAUUAUCUCAGCGUAUGAAAGUCACAGUACGAUAGUCGAUACUGUUUUAUUGGGUGCCGUUUUAUCUCUUCCUCAUGUAGUGUAUCGAGAUAUAUGGCAAAACCCCCAGCCCUUCAUCAAGAAAUGUGAGAAGAUAAAAAAGGAGCCCGUUAAGGUUAUGGCUACUAUCGGCUACACUUUAAAGACCGCACAGUAUCUCGCAUGUUUGCUUUGGAGCUACCGGACCCUGAGUGAUGAGAACGGCAAUUUCGUAAUGAGUUUCCAGGAUCUUCCUCGAGGUGUUACUGCGUUGGCUUUCUCACUGAUAUUGUUUGGACAAGUACUCAACUUCUCCACUUAUAAAACAUUGAAGCAAGAUGGCGUCUACUACGGGGCUAAGCUUGGGAAAAAUAUACCAUGGGUGCACGGGUUCCCAUUCAAUACUUUCAACCAUCCACAGUAUCUAGGGUGUGUCUGCUCCAUAUGGGGAGCUACUCUACUCGUGCUAUGUACAGUGCACUUCUACAGAUGGAUGCACGUGUUGAGCAUCGGCACGUGGUGGACUAUGUUAUAUUUGUUUUCGAGCAUCGUUGAAAGUAAAUGAACGAAAGGAACUCCAAGAGGCUCCGAUGCACCCUCAUAUAGCGUCUUGUGCUAUGCUCCGUGCGAGAGUGUUUCGACUCGCAGAAGCCAGCGAGGAACACGGACAACAUUUUCUUCUCCUCGCGUUAUAACCGUGUAUAGGAUUAUUAAAGUUUUGUUCACUCUAUCGCAGCAGCGUCGCAAGACGACAUUUCUCUCGCCGAUAUCCGUAUACACGCACCUUCAAAUGCAAUACAUUAAAGUCGUUCAAGUUUCAAUUUAUUUCAUUACAUUUUUUUCUGUUAUAUCACGGGUGACGACAGUUACACCCCUGUAUCUCGGCAGCGCGUGUAAAACUCAAGUGACGUUGCAUUCUUGUGUUUAUUACAAGAAUAAAGAAGGCGUUUAAGUAGGUCGGAGCUUGGUGCUAAAGUAUAAUAAAUAGUAAACGACUUUUGUUAUCUUCAAAUAGACGGAACCGAACUCGCGGCGCAGAAUGGAAGGGGGAACACCUUGUAGCACGCAAAUUCCUUUACAUGAUUUCGUAUUGCCGAAGUGGGGACGCUCCACCGUACCCUUUAUGACUUCGAAAUUCCGAUUCUCAUUAGUCG